CAACACUACUUCCUGGUUGAAUUAUGCGCUGAUUGGCUGGUCGGAGAACUCCGUAGUUUCGCGGAAAAGCGCGAUGUUCAAAAUUUGUUUCCUGUUAUCGGGACAUUGUUUUUAUCUCAGGCAUGGAGCGACGAAACAGCAUGGCAAGGACUCCUCUCAGCAGUGUUGUGGCCCCGAGGAGGAGCAGGAGUAAGAGUUACCGGCGGUCGUACCACAGCUGUCUUGGAGCUGCCUCAUACCUCAGCCUCACCUCAGGUUUGACCGCACGCAGGCUCACCACCAGCAGAAGAGCUCCAAAGUCUCACAGUAUCACUGAGAAGGUGAGCCCCGAGCAGCUGGCCUUACUGGUGAAAAAGGAGUGGCAGCUGUCGUACGUCACCCCACUCCACCAGUUCAGACACAAGCAGCUGAAGAGCUACUCCAGGCAGCUGCAGGCAUUUAUUGUAGCAGAGCGUCAGCAGGGCUUGGCGGUGGGUAUGGAGGGAGCAGACAGCAGCUUCAGAGUCUCCUUCUCUGUGCUGCAGGGGAUGGUGGAGACAGAUGAUGAUGCAGAGUCUGUCUUCGUACAGAUCCAUUCAAAGCCUGUGUUUGCCGGGCAGGAGAAGCCCAUGAGGUCUGUGUGGAGCGGCUGGCUGGCCUGCAUCAGCGGCAGCCCCGACUACCUGCGCUCGCUCCCAGAGGACUUUGUCUGCCUGCCGUUGUUUUGCAGCAGUGGGGCCGAGUGGCUCACCUCACUGGUCAAGUCCUGGUUCCAAAGGAUGUUCGACUGCUGCUUUGGCCCCUUGGAAAUCAAUACCACAAACCUUGAGUGGCUGGUGGCUUUAUGGACAAACUGCCACUCCGAGUUCAACAUCCAGCACCUCAAGCUGAUGUGGACUUUGCCGGUCGUGCCACCGCUGGAGGUCACCUACACUCUUCACCCGCAAGACGCCUGGGAGCUGUGGAGGAGCAUCAGGGAGGACGUCCAGGACGAGGAAAAGACUGAGGGUGGCAGGGACACAAUGGCGAAGGACGGGGGGAGUAUUUGCAUCGAGGAGGUGAUGAGGUUCAUGCAGGCGCUGAAGUGCCACUUCUACAGACACUUCAGGGUGGAUCUGUCGACUGGAAGGCUGGACCAGGUCUCCACCGCGCUGGGGUCAGCCAAGCACAACGGCAAAAUCAAGAUCUCAAACAGCAGUUACAUGAUCACCACCCUCAUGCUGCUGACGGAGUGUGCCCUUCUCAAAAUGCCCAUCUGAAUAAGAAAGAUCUUUCAUCAACAGGAAAAGCAAUACUGCGGUUGCAUCAUUCAUUUGAAGAAACAGCUGUUUUCUCAUAUCUUUAUCAUUUUAACAGAAGCAUGACCAGCAGGUAUUAUUUUGACUUUUUGACAUUUAUAUUCCCCUAUAAUAGCACCUUUUUUGUUUCAUAGGAAAUAAAUCUUGUGGCCACAAUUAUGAUUGACAGUACCAGGAACACCCCUUUUAUUCAUGUUGAAUCACACUGUCUACUUUGCCAUAUUAAAAUGCCAGUGAAGUGUCAGUGAGGAAAUUUGGAGUUCAUCUAGUGUCAAAAUUCAAAUGAGAAAUUUUUUAUGAACUUGAUUUUUUUUUUUUUUUUUUGUUAACUUCAUGUUGCGCUGUACUGAUAUUGUUAAUUUUGCUGUAUCCUUGUUUGUCUUUUGGCCACUGUUUGAAGGUGCCAGCAAUGUUUGUAUGGAGCACAUUGUAAUAUAUUGAGAUACUACUGUUUUGGAGUAAUAAAGGCAUAUCAGAGAACACAUUA